AUGUCCCACAUCACUCAUAAAUGUCCCAAAUGCCAUCUACCCAAGACUUUAACAUUUCAUCUCUACUCUCAUCCCCUCUCCCGUCCUCAAGUGAUACCCAAGUGUGCUUCCCCUUUACGAUACUCCCUUCCAAGUAAAUCCCACCUCCUUCUUAGAUCUCUAAAAUACCGAUUUUUGUCAACCCCCUCUCGGUCAUACACCUCUGUUUCUCAGCCCAUCAAGGAUAUCCAAGUCACAGCAAGUAUCAAAGAUCAAAAACUGACCGAGACGCCCCCGUACCCUCUUCACCCACCACGUCCUCCACCAGGAACAGAAAGACUUUUGAAAAUUUAUAAAUCCUCUCUCCCUUCCCCAUCUCUACCUCGAUGUCAUUUAUUCCAUUAUCUCUUUCCUCCUACACCCUCUCUAUCGUCCCAAGACACACCGCAGAAGAAAAGUGUGGAAGAACGACCGGCUUUUAUAGAUGGUCUAACAGGUCGUCGUGUCACCAAGAAACAAGUUCAAAAACAAGCACUUCAACUCGCCAAUGGUCUCAGACAGUUGGGUGUGAGGAAAGGAGAGAUAGCAGCUGUUUAUGGGACGAAUUCUUUGGAAUGGGUGAAUGCGACUUUGGGUUGUUUAGCUGCUGGGGUCAUUGUUAGUCCUAUCAGUCAUGCUUUUACGGCCCAUGAACUGGCUCAUCAACUUACAGAUUCACUAGCUUCUUUGAUCUUUAUUCAACCUUCUCUCCUUCCCACUUUAUAUGAAGCUCUUCCUUUACUAGCUAAUCCCAUCCCGACAGAUCGAAUAAUCCUUUUGGCCCCUCUUCCCACAACCUCUUAUGCCAUGACACACUUGACUGACCCCUCCACUCCACCGACAUAUAAAUACAUAAGCCAACUCUGGUCCACCCCUUUGGAAAUCUCCCCUCUUUCCCCAACGGAAGAACUCUCCACCGCUUUCCUAUGUUAUUCAUCCGGUACCACCGGUCAUCCCAAAGGUGUGGAAACAAGUCAUCAUAACCUUACUUCUCAAUUACAAGCUUUACAAGUGGCAUAUGAACCUCUUGAUCCUUCACACGACGUGAUAUUGGGGUUUUUACCAUUGGCACAUAUUUAUGGAUUGACGUGUUUGUUGUUACACCCUUUAUCCAUUGGAGUGCCUGUGGUGUUACUACCCAAAUAUGAUGAGAGGGUUUUGUUGAGGAGCAUCAAAGAAUUUAGUUGUACUUGGUGUUUGGUAGUACCACCUGUACUUGCGUCAUUGAUCUCUCCACACCUAUUGCAUCCUUCUCAUCCUCUGUACCCACUCCGAGGUGUACUGUCAGGAGCGGCACCACUUUCUGCCGAAUUGGCUAAAAAGUUCCACGCUAAAUUCGGAAUCACCGUCACUCAAGGAUACGGUCUUACUGAAACAUCUCCAGUAACACACGUCAUGACCGCAGAGGAAGGACGAGAAAAAUUAGGAAAGAUAGGUAAGUUGUUACCUACUUACGAAGCUAGAGUGGUGGCUACGGGAGUUGUGACUCAUGAAGGUUUAGACGUUUUACAAGGAGACGAAGGUGAACUUUGGUUAAGAGGUCCUUCUGUUAUGCGUGGAUAUUGGAAGGAUGAUAAGGCUACCAGAGGGACUUUCGGAAUUGGAGGUUGGUACAAAACUGGGGAUGUUGUGAAAAUGGAUAAAGAAGGAUAUUUCGAAGUUGUUGAUCGGGUAAAAGAGUUGAUAAAAUAUAAAGGGCUUCAAGUCCCCCCAGCUCAAUUAGAAUCCCUCCUUCUACUCCAUCCAGAUAUCAUAGACGUCGGUAUCAUCCCCAUUUAUUCCCCAACACGCGCAUCAGAAAUACCCAGAGCGUACGUAGUCCCUAAACCUGCUAUGGAAGCUAAGAUCGUAGCGGAAGUUAAGAAAUGGUCAGAAGGUAUACAAUCUUGGAUAAAAAGUUAUGUUUCACCAUCUAGGUAUUUAAGAGGUGGAGUUGGGGUGGUGGAGAAGAUACCGAGGACGGCAAGUGGGAAGAUAUUAAGAAAAGAAUUGAGGAAAUGGGCUGAAGAAGAAGAAAAAGAAAGAGAUAAAUGGGAUAAAGGUGAAUAUGGUAGAAGGAAAUUUGAGAAAAGGAAAUGGAAAGGUAAGAGAAGUAAUUAUAGUUUGUGA